AUGAUGCAGACAUCGCAAUCGUUCGAAGCGCGUGGUCCAGAAAACCGAGUGGUUGAUGUUGUUUUGCGAGAUGCUUUGGAGAAGCUUCGCAACACAGCCCCGAAAAAACUGAAGGAGCUGCGGGAUUCUGUCGAAGCCGGCUUGAAAACGUUGGAGAAUUUGCCCUCUUCUGGCGCGGGCGUUUCUGCAAACGACUUCUUUCAGCCCUUCAAACUCGGCUGCGAAGCUGCAGGUCUGCCAAAACUGGUAGUCAUUGCCCUGGAGGCUAUCCAGAAGCAGAUCACCUAUGGUUUUCUCACUGGCAAAGGUCCAGACCCAUUCAAGCCAGAGUCCGGGCGGCAUCUCAUCGACGCUGUGGUGGACUCUGUGUGCAACUGUGCCGAGUCUGCUGAUGACACAGUCCAGAUGCAUAUGAUCAGCACUUUACUCGCGGCUGUAACUUCACAGGUAUGUGAGGUGCACGGUCAGAGUCUAAUGCUGGCGGUGGAUACUUGCAUGAAGCUGUACCGGGACUCGAAAAGCCAGUCGAAUCAGCGCAUGGCUCAAACAGCGUUGACCCAGAUGCUCUCUGUCAUCACCCAGCGCUUGGAGCUCAGCUCUGCUGACAUGUCGAGCCGAGCGGAGGAGGUCCUGGGUGGUUCCCGGCAGCAUGGUGCAGCGACCUCUGAGCAGUUGGCUGCUGUGGUCGCCUCGGCACCUGCGGCCUUUGCGAAUGCCAACGCAGACUUGGCCCAAAUGCCCAAAGGUCAGCUGCUCAAUGAGUGGAUGUCGUCCUACUUGUCUGCCAAGAUUGAUACCCUCGUGUGGAACCACGAGAAGGAGAAUGGUCAAAAGAGUGAGGUUCCUCCUGGCAAGUUUGGCUGGUGUGUUGUUUGCCGAAAGACGGCCAACCACUACUGUGUCGACACGCGGGACUCGGUUUGCGGGCAUGCGUGCAAGUAUCGCAAUCUGGAGCGUCUUUCGCUGGUUGAGAAGUACUAUGGAGCCAAGCGAGAGGAGGCAGCCUCCUCGCCAGCAGCCUCCCCAUCGGUGUCAAGCACUCCAGCGAUAGCAUCGCAGUCCUCUAGGGACACCUUCGCGAACAGGGAAGAGGCAUCUUCUGCAAUUGCAGAUGUUGCGAAUGCCAAGUCCAUGAACAUCUAUCACCAGGACUCUGUGAUCAUUCUGACCUACCUGAUCAACAGCAGUGCCAAGGACUCAGUGCAGAGCCAGGCUGAUUCGAGGGCCAUCAGGAACAAACGCAUUGCCCUUGAGCUGAUCUUGGGGGUUCUCUCAAAUGCCGGGCCUGUUUUCAGGUCAUCGAAGCAUUUCGUGGAAAUUCUCAAGAAGCUUGUGGGUGACUCCUUGAUCAAAAACAGUGUUUCACCCAUACCAAAGAUCUUUGGGCUUUCGUUGCAAAUUUUCGCGUCCCUUGUUACGAACUUCAAGGAACACCUCAGGGAUGAAAUCGGUGUGUUCAUCGAGCAGAUUUUCUUGAAGAUCCUCGAAAGCGGCAACUCUGACUUCCUUCACAAGAACAGGGUGCUGCAGAUCUUCUACAAGCUUUGUACAGAUGCGACCACACCGCUGGAGUUGUUCUUGAAUUACGACUGCGACGUAGACGAGAAGAACAUCUUUGAGCGGACGAUCGAUUGUUUGUCCAAGAUCGCUCAGGGGAAGUACACAGCGGUUGAGCAUGCGAACCUCAUCCAGCCUCACCAGGAGCAGGAGCUGAAGCAGUUGGCUCUGCAGUCUCUGGUCACCCUGAUGGGUUCCAUAGUCGACUGGGCUCGGAGAAUGGCUGAGGAUCAGAAGGUGCCCGUCCUCGGCCAGGGGAAUGAGGACGCCAAGGCGAAGGACGGGCCCGAGAGCGACGGGGAGGACGAUGCGAGUGAUGCCGCGGUUUCUUUGACCACGAGCACUGGGGCCUCUUCUGCUGUGCCUUUGAGCAGCUUUCAAGAGCAGAAGCAAAGGAAGGUAGACUUGCAAAUAGGCAUCAACAAAUUCAACAUGAAGCCAAAGCGUGGCAUCGAGUACUUGAAGCAGAAUGGCUUUUUGAACGAUGACCCGGCUUCACUUGCAGCGCUCUUCAAGAACACGGAGCUGGGCCUGGACAAGACCGCCAUUGGUGACUAUCUGGGCGAGGACAAGCCCUUCAACAAAAAUGCCUUGUUCGCACUCGUGGACGGCCUGGACUUCAAGGCUCAGUCCCUGGACGGAUCCCUGAGACACUUUCUCUCGUACUUCCGAUUGCCGGGAGAGGCCCAGAAGAUUGACCGAAUGAUGGAGAAGUUUGCAGAGAAGUAUUGCAAUGACAACCCCGAGCGAUUUGCGAAUGCAGACUGCGCCUUUGUAUUGUCAUUCUCACUGAUCAUGCUGCAGACUGACCUCCACAAUCCAGGCAUCAAGAACAAGAUGACCAAGGAUGAGUUUGUGAAGAACAAUCGAGGCAUCAAUGACCAUCAGGACCUCCCCCGAGAAUAUCUCGAGGGCCUCUACGAUGGUGUUCUUCACACUCCCAUCUCACUGCAGGAGGACCAAGAGGCCAGAAAUCGGCAAGAGUCGCAAGCAGCGCGGGACUCCAACCAGAAGUACGAGCUCUUCGUCAAGGAGACGGAGAGCAUGGUGCAGAAGACCAAGGCCGCAAUGCAAACAAGAAGGAAGAGCUCGGCAUACGUGGUUGCUCAAAGUGUGGAGCACGUGAAGCCGCUCUUCGAAGUUGCCUGCUGGCCAUACUUGGCGACCCUUGCUGUGCUUUUGGAGAUGCAGGACACGCCUCAGAGCAUUGAGCUCUGCAUCGAAGGCUUCAAGCACUGCAUCAGGAUAGCCGCACGCUUCGACAUGGACACCGAGCGCGACGCUUUUGUCUCAUCCCUGGCCAAGUUUACCUACCUGACCACAAUCAAGGAAAUGAAGCAAAAGAACAUCGAGUGCAUCAAGGCUUUGCUCUCCAUUGGUCUCUCCGAAGGGAACAACCUGGGACCAUCCUGGCUGUAUGUUUUGCACUGCAUCUCCCAGCUCGAACGGCUCCAGCUUAUUGGAACUCGUGGAGCGAGGCAAGACUUCCAGUUCUUCCAGUUAGAGGAGGAUGCCCUCUCCCCUGGAUCCGCGAGCAGGACCAACGCCAGUAUUGCCGGGCAGCAGGUUGUCAAACGCCGUGCGCAUGGCCUGGGCGUGUCUGCCUUGGUUGCCAUCGGCCAGGACGACCGCAAUGUCGAGCUGGUCAACUCAGAGUCGAUAGCCUCACAGAUCGAUGCCUCCCAAAUCGAGCUUCUUUUCAACAGGUCCACGCAGCUGACUCCACCAGCAGUCGUCCACUUCGUCACUCAGCUUGCCAAGGUCUCCAAGGAAGAGCUGGCCUUGGCGGAUCAGCCACGUAUCUUCUCCUUGCAGAAGCUGGUGGAGGUGGCAGACUUCAACAUGGGCAGAAUGCGAGUCGUCUGGGGUCGGAUAUGGCGCGUUCUGAGCAGCCACUUUGUCGAAGUUGCCGCCCAUCAGAACGUUCGAGUGUGCCACUACGCCAUGGACUCCCUCCGCCAGCUCACGAUGAAGUUCCUGGAGAAGGACGAGCUGGCGGGCUACAACUUCCAGGCAGACUUCCUGAAGCCCUUUGAGACCAUCAUGGUCGGCCCUCCACCUGUCAGCAAGGACGUCAAGGACUACCUCGUUCACAUCAUUGCGUACAUGGCAGAUGCGAGCUUUCACAGCAUCCGGUCUGGAUGGAAAGCGGUUCUCCACAUCUGUGCUGCUGCUGCUCAAGAUCCGUCGCUGGGGGAGGCGACCGUGGAGGUGGCCUUCAAAGUGGUGGAGAAGGUGAACGCCGACGGCUCCUACCACGUCUUCCUGGAGAACUUCACCGACGGGAUCCGGGCCUUGCUCUCCUUCGCGCAGUGCAAGGUUCAAGACAGGAAGCCGAAGGAAGCUGAUGAGAAGAGGGCCGCAACCAAAGAGGUCAAGGAGGACAUCUCGGUUCUGGCAAUCAGAUACCUCCUCAAGGCUGCUGAGUACUUGGCAGAUCCUCAGACAAAGGAUCUGCCCUCCGGCACCUCCCUGCCUCAGGAGGCGCAGUCCAUGACGGAGGGCCACCCGGCUGCUGCGUGGUUCCCCAUUCUGCGGGGCCUCUCCAUGCUGGUGGGCGACCCGCGCAGAGAAGUAAGACAGCUGGCGCUGAAUGGCGUGUUCGACAUCCUGCGUGAGCAUGGCAAGCAAGUCUUCGAUGAGGACUCUUGGCGAAUGGUUUUCAAUGGGGUCAUCAAGCCUUUGUUCGAUGACAUUCAUCAUCAGCUUGCCCCGGCAAGUGACCAAAAGGGCCGAAGGGAUGGAAACCAAAGCUGGUCUUCCAUGGGGCCCCCGACCUGCUUGGCCGCCUUGACUCAGCUGGUGAGGCUGAUUGAAGCCCACUUGGACGUCCUGGCCUUCCUCUUGGAGGACGUGCUCCGCCUCAUCCAGAACUGCAUCCAGCAUGAGUUUGAGGCAGUGGCUCGGAUUGGGGUGGAGGGCUUCAAGCAGCUGCUGAUCUCCACAGGGAAGAGCCUCACGCCUCCCCUUUGGCAAAAGGUCACGAACUGCAUCUUGGAGCUCUUCAAGGAGAGCAUGCCCACGAAGCUGAUGGAGGUUGACAAGGCCUCGGUGGAGCUGCCUUUCAACGAGGAGGAUGUCGUAAUUCAGUGCGUUGUGCAGCUCCUGCUUAGCGACAUGCUUCAGAAUGCUGUUUUCUCGCACUACGAGAACAUUCCGGAAAGCGGUCUCAUGACGCUCUUGGAUGCUCUGCAGCAGUCGUUCGAGUUCGCACAGGAGUUCAACCGCCAGAUUGAGCUGCGACAAGCGCUCAAAAGGCUUGGCUUCAUGAAGGACAUGAAGCAGCUGCCUGGCCUGUUCAAGCAGGAGCGCGAAUCGCUCAGCUGCUCCCUGCGGAUCUUGUUCCAGGUGCAGGCGGAUCCUCGCAUGCAGGGCACAGACUUCGCCUCACAAGCGGUGGAGCGAUUGCUGCGGCUCUGCCGGUCUGUCCUUCAGAACUAUGUGAGCAAGGAGAAAGUUCUGCAUGAGCGCGACGCGUCCGACGCGGGAGCUGUUCCGGAGGCGGCGAUUGUGGAAAUGGAAAGAGAGGUCCUUGGCCUGGUGCCCAUCAUCUCAGAAGUUGUGGUGAAGGGCUUGAAGGAUCUCCCACAGAAGCUCUUCGAGCAGCACAUCCAAGAGCUGUUCCCACUCUUCUGCGACCUAACCAUGGUCAACGCACGGGAGGUUCGAUUAUUGGUGCGGGAGGUGCUGGUGGAGCGCGUCACCCCACUCCUGGGAACACCAAGUUAA